AGUUUACUCAAGUAUUAGAAAUGGCUAAAUUACGAGCUGAUAUUAACUAUAAUCGACGUAAUGAUCAACAAAAAUCUGCUAAUAAUACUAUGACCAAAAAUAAAAAUAAAAAUAAAAAUGAUAAUGAAAAUGAAAUCAGAGAUGAAAAUGAAAAUGAAAGAUAUUUACAAAAUGAAGAAUUAAAUGAUAAUGAUCUUAAUAAUGAUCAAGGUAGCAUGGAUUUAAAAGAAAAUUUAAAUUCUCAAUUUAACGAUCAUUUAAACGAAUGGUUAGAAGAACUACAGCAAGAGGAAAAUGAUGAAUAUGAUGGUGAACAUGAUGAAUAUAGUGAAAGUGAAAAAGAUUUUAGUGAUAUAAAUGUUGAAGAUAUUGAGCAUCCAGCAGAAAAUAUUGAUGCUAAAUGGAAAUUAGAAUUUAUGUUUGAAGAUAAUUUGUGUAAUCCUUUUAAUGUAUAAUUUUCUUUUAUAAUAUAUAAUAAAUAAAUUUACAUAACUUGUAUAAAUAUUAAUUAAUAAGUUACAUAUAUAAUAUAUUGCAUAUAUAUGAAAAUGUACUGUACUAAAAAGUUUUAGUACAGUACAGUAUUGUACAUACUGUACAAAAUGUACUGGUACAGUACAGCACGAAUCCCAACCCUG